AUGACUGUCGAGACGCCCGCGGCUUCAGACCCUUCCGCCGGCUCCGCGGCGUCGGGCUGCGCGUCUACGCCGUCGCCGUCCUCUUCGCCCGGCGACACCUUUGCGUUCCCCAUGAGCAGCUUGUCGGCCGUCGAGCAGUGGGAAGAAGAUCAGCUGAAGGAGAAAGCUUCUAAGCUCGUCUCGCCCUUUUCGCCGGCUUCCGAGGCGCAGAUUCGCGCGGCGCUCGCCUUCGGGGGCGUCAGCGCCUCAGACGUCCUCCUCGACGUAGGGUGCGGCGAUGGAAGAGUGUGCCGAGCCGCUGUCCGGUCGUUUUCUGUUUCCCGUGCGCUCGGCGUCGACAUUAAUCCAUUUCUGGUUCAGGAGGCUGAAGAGUUGGCGCGCGAGGAGUUUCCUGCUUGCUUUUCCUCCCAAGACGCGCGCUUCCAGUUUCUCGAGAUGUGCGUUCCAUUCGACGAAGACUCGAGCGGCACCGGCGCGCAGCCCACGGACAGCGGCGAAGAGAGCGCCGCAGAGGGACCGGAGGCUAGCGCGCCCGCGGCGGCCUCCGCCCUCUGCAUGUCGGAGUUGCCUUCGCAGUACCAUCCUUUAUUUGAGCUGAUUCGCGCAAACGGCGUGACAGUAAUUUUUCUGUAUCUCGUUCCGCGGCAUACCGCGCGCAUGUCGAACUUUUUCCGCUUUUUGCUCCGCAUGCCUGGCCUGAAAAUUAUUUCGCUGCGCUUCGCCGUCCCUGAAGGGACGCGGCUAGUCGGGCAGAAAGCUGCGGACGAAAAGUUCUUCGUUCCCCGCGGCGACGAGCCAGAGCUCCUCUACAAAGUGCAUGUCUACUCUCGCGCUGCGGGCCCAGCGCGUAGCUAG